AUGUUCUCUUUCCGUCGCGCGUUCGCGAGCAAGACAUGGCGCCCGCCGCGCCCCAGGGCGCCGAACAGCGUCCCGCGGCGCAACAUCACGGCCCCCACAAUAUACAAACCGAAGACUGAGUCGUGGUUCACGCCCAUCGUCGGCCUAGUCGCCAUCUUCCCUGUAUUCACCUUCGCGCUUGGCUCCUGGCAGCUCAAGCGCCUGAAGUGGAAGAUUGACCUCAUCGACGAGCUUACGGAGAAGCUGCAGCUCGACCCCUUGCCUUUGCCUCGUCAAGUCAACAUCUCUGUCCUCCCAGAGUUCACCUGGCGCAAAGUCAAGGCGAAUGGGAAGUGGGAUCAUGCGCACACCAUGCUACUGGGACCCAAAGUCUUCGAGGGGGAGAACGGAUACCAAGUAAUCACCCCGCUUAUGCGCCAGGACGGGUCGACUGUACUUGUCGAUCGCGGCUUCGUUCCGAAGGAAUUAGGCGACAGCGGCACCUUCGACAAGCCAGAGGGCGAAGUAGAGGUCGUCGGACUCAUCCGCCUGUCGCAGCCUCGGAACACAUUCACGCCAGACAAUGAUCCGAAGGAGAAGUUCUGGUACUGGAGGGACUUGGACGCCAUGGCCGAGUAUGCGGGCGGCAAAGAGGCUAACGUGCAGCCUGUCUUCUUCGAGGAGAUCUUUGACGGUCACACCGGUCAGAUUAUGGAGAGGUUGGACAAAGGUAUUCCAGUAGGCCGGCCAGCCACUGUCAACCUUCGCAACUCGCAUCUGUCCUAUGUCCUCACCUGGUGGGGCCUGUCAGCCAUUUCAUCCGUCAUGCUCUUUCGCUUUAUCAAGAAGAACAGAGUUCGGGGACGCAGCCUCCCACGAUGA